AUGACAGUAUGGCUCGAGCGUAAGGAGAAGGUUCUCCGGCAUGAUCGGUACAUCAAAUGGCUCAAGGACAGCCAGCCAUCGCUCAAGCUAGCAAACGUCUUGCACAAGCACCAAGCCAGCCAUUUUCUCAUGACACGGGAGCCAUCAGUCAAGGCCGUAUCGCUGGAUCGUCUCGAACAGAUGUAUGGUGCCAAAUACAUCAUGCGAGCAAUUGCAAAGUACAUCGUACGUCUCAAUUACCCGGAUGCUUCCAGUGCAGAAGUUGUUCGUCUCGCCACUACUCUUCGUUUACCAUUCCAUAAACUGCCGGUUUACCACAAGGCUAAAUUUUGGGAGAGCGACUUUCUCCUCUAUCGGCAGGCAUCAGAUGAGUACGAUGCCAUUUACGCAACCCCAGGUGGACGACUGAAUAAGCGCGGCCAGCAAGUUGCUGGCCGUUUUGACACGGCUAUUGUAAAUCUGGGUACAGGAAGUGCUAUUGGCGUUGAGGGCUAUCAGGUCUGCCGUGUUUGGGCAAUAUUCACCAUUCCUAUACGCUAUCGAAGAAUCCUACUUCCCUUUGUAGACCCUCCAGAAUAUCUCGCAUAUGUGGAGUGGUUCUCCAACUUCACGCAGCCAGAUCCCCAGCAUGGCAUGUACAAGGUGACGCCUAUGACCAACGCUGAUGGAACGCAGACUGGUGCUGUUAUUGCAGUGGAGAGCAUCCGCCGAAGUGUGCAUUUGUAUCCAUGCUUCAGAACUGUUGCGCCGCUCCCUUCACCGACAGACAUAUUUAUGGAACAGUAA